GGUAGAUCUCGGGUCUAUCUGAGCGCAGCUCGCUGGGAAUACACUGGGAAUGGAAACGCAAAUCUGCGCGUCAUGAUUUGACUUGGCACGGCCAAAAGUGCCAAUAGAAAAGCUUGUCUUCAUCAAACCAAUCACCGAAGCCGACUCGUCACCAUCUGUUUAGGCUACAUACAGACGGCCUCGUCUUAUCUGAUACAAGGGUUUGGGCUGAGAGUUAAACGGUCGGGUCGAUCCGUCGGUGUACCUGAGUUGGUCGUGAAUGUCUCUCACUAUGGCUAAGCGCGAGAGUGGCAGUACCAGCCCGGUGGUGCGGCAGAUAGACAAGCAGUUCCUGGUCUGCAGCAUCUGCCUGGACCACUACCACAACCCCAAGGUGCUGCCCUGCCUCCACACCUUCUGCGAGAAAUGCUUACAGAACUACAUCCCGCCUCAGUCCCUGACGCUGUCGUGCCCCGUGUGCCGGCAGACGUCCAUCCUCCCGGAGAAGGGCGUGUCGGCCCUGCAGAACAACUUCUUCAUCACCAACCUGAUGGACGUCCUGCAGCGAGACCCCGAGUGCGGCAACCGCCACCAGGCCUCCAGCGGCCUGGAGUCCGUCAGCGCCGUGGCCGCCGCGCAGCCGCUGUCCUGCCCCAACCACGAGGGCAAGGUCAUGGAGUACUACUGCGAGUCGUGUGAGACGGCCAUGUGUCUCGAGUGCACAGAGGGCGAGCACCGGGAGCACAUGACCGUGCCUCUCCGAGACGUGCUGGAGCAGCACAAGACGGCCCUGAACGACCAGCUGGACACCGUCCGCAACAGGAUACCCCAGCUGACGGCCGCCAUCGACCUGGUGAACGAGAUCUCCAAGCAGCUGACGGACCGCAAGAACGACGCGGUGGCCGAGAUCAGCAACACGUUCGAGGAGCUGGAGAAAGCCAUGCACCUGAGGAAGAACGCCCUGAUCGCCGAGGUGGAGAACAUCUGCAGCACCAAGCAGAAGGUGCUGCAGGCCCAGCUGGCGUCGCUCCUGCGCGGCAAGGAGAACAUCCAGGCCAGCUGCAGCUUCACGGAGCAGGCCCUGAGCCACGGCUCGGCCACCGAGGUGCUGCUCGUUCAGAAGCAGAUGAGCGAGCGGGUGAGCGCCCUGGCCCGCCACACCUUCCCCGAGCAGCCGCACGAGAACGGCCACCUGGAGUGCCAGGUGGAGACGGAGGGGCUGCGGCGCUCCAUCCAGAACCUGGGCGUGCUCAUCACCACGGGCGCCGUGGGCCACACCAGCGUGGCCACGGGCGGCGGGCUGCGGCACGCCCUGGUGGGCCAGCCCACCACGGUGACGGUCACCACCAAGGACAAGGAGAGCGAGCUGGUGCGCAGCGGCAACGCGGCGCUGCGCGCGCAGAUCACGUCGGCGGACGGCACCGUCGGCUGCCCCGACGUGGAGGUGGUGGACAAUAAGAACGGCACCUACGAGGUGGGCUACACGGUGCGCACGGAGGGCGAGUACAGCUUCUCCCUGCUGCUGUACCAGCAGCCGGUCCGGGGCAGCCCCUUCCGCCUGCGGGCCGUGAAGCCGUCGGACGUGCUGCAGUCCCCCGACGACGUCAAGCGGCGGGUGAAGUCGCCCAGCGGCGGCGGCGGGCACGUGCGGCAGAAGGCGGUGCGGCGGCCGUCCAGCAUGUACAGCACCACCAAGAAGAAGGAGAACCCCAUCGAGGACGAGCUCAUCUACCGCGUGGGAGCUCGAGGGCGGGAUAAAGGAGAGUUCACCAACCUACAAGGCAUCUCCACCUCCAGCAAUGGGCGAAUCAUUGUCGCCGACAGCAACAACCAGUGUAUACAGAUAUUUUCGAACGACGGCCUGUUCAAGAUGAGGUUUGGGGUCAGAGGUCGCUCCCCGGGCCAGCUGCAGCGCCCGACCGGCGUCACGGUGGACAUGAACGGGGACAUCAUCGUGGCCGACUACGACAACCACUGGAUCAGCAUCUUCUCUUCGGAUGGGAAGUUCAAGAGCAAGAUAGGCGUGGGACGUCUGAUGGGACCCAAGGGUGUGGCCGUCGACAAGAAUGGGCACAUCAUCACCGUGGACAACAAGGCUUGCUGCGUCUUCAUCUUCCAGGCCAACGGGAAGCUGGUCACCAAGUUCGGGGCCAAAGGAACUUCAGACAGACAGUUCGCAGAAAAAUGCGGUGCAAACAUAGCACCGGAUCAAAAGCUGAGUAAAUCUGGCCCCGUCUUCAGUCCUCACUUUGUAGCCGUGAACAACAAGAAUGAGAUCGUAGUGACGGACUUCCACAACCACUCAGUGAAGGUAUACAACGCAGACGGAGAGUUCCUGUUUAAGUUUGGUUCCCACGGCGAGGGGAACGGCCAGUUCAACGCUCCAACCGGUGUUGCCGUGGACGCCAACGGCAACAUCAUCGUGGCAGACUGGGGCAACAGUCGCAUUCAGGUCUUUGACAGCUCAGGCUCCUUCCUCUCCUACAUCAACACGUCUGCGGACCCCCUGUACGGGCCGCAGGGCCUGGCCCUCACGUCUGACGGACACGUCGCCGUGGCGGACUCUGGGAACCACUGCUUCAAGGUCUACCGCUACCUACAGUAGGGGCCCCUCACCUCGACCAUCACUAGGGGCCCCUCACCUCGACCAUCACUAGGGGCCCCUAAGCUCUUCCACCAUAAGGAGCCCCUUACUGCUAUGAUCAAUAGGGCCCCCCCCCCCAAUGAAUACCAUCAAUAGAGGCCCUUACAUCUACCAUUGCUAAAGGCCCCUCACAGCCAUCGACAGUAGGGGCCCCUAAUUGCUACCAUCAAUCAGAUAUUAACGCUCGGGGCCCCUUGCCGCUAUCUAGAGUAGGGGACCCCUCAAAGUCAACACCCCUAGGAGCCAUUAGAGCUACAAUUGCCAGCGUCCCUUUUCUCCAUAUCCAGCAGGGGGCGCUCAAAGCCACCAUCAGAAGAACGGCCUCACAGCUGUCUACAGGAGGGGCCAUUUAACAAUACCAUCGAAAGACACACACACACACACACACACACACACACACACACACACACACACACACACACACACACACACACACACACACACACACACACACACACACACACACACACACACACACACACACACACACACCAGGUCCUGUGCUAGCCUCCGGUGUGUGUUGGGUAGGGAGCGAUGGCGGUUUGUCCAGACUCGCAUUGGGCGUGUUCUAAACCUCGUAUUAAGAUCCGAGCCCAGGGGCGGUGAAGAUGGCCCGUGUAAAGAGUAUAAUGAGCCAUACCUUGUCCAUAUGCAUGACGUUUCGUUUGGCCCCGAAUGCCUGGGCGAGAACACACACACGCGCGCGCACGCACACACACACGCGCACAUACUUUGACCCCGCUGGUCUGCUUUUACUAUAAACGUAGUUAGUGCCGUCAGUGGACCGAGCUGCGCUGCGCUUCGCUUUUACCGCAACAGAUACACUUUGUAUAUGAAAAAGACAUAAUAUAUGAUGAUGAAAACCAACAACAUUACAUCUCGCUCUCCACACGCCAUCUGUGCAUUGAUUUGCUGUAUGUACUGUGUAUGCAUAAAUGUAUAUUGUGUAUAUUGCUAUCAACUCCGUGUAUACAUGUGCUACGAUUUUGACACACACACACACACACACACACACACACACACACACACACACACACACACACACACACACACACACACACACACACACACACACACACACACACACACACACACACACACACACACACACACACACACACACACACACGCGCGCAGCCUUUUGGAUAGACCACAGCAUUUAAAGACAAGUGUGUAUGGCAGCUGUUCUUAAGUGUGUUUUUUGAGAAAUGUACCCAGCACAUGCUUGCAGAGAAGUAGUGUUUUCAUAUUUAUUGCAAAAUCUAAACAGCACAAUAUUUUUUUGGGAUGUUUACAUUUUUCUUUAUAUUUUUUGGGGGGGGAGAAAAAAGAAAAGAAAAAAAAGGGGGGCUAAUUUAAUUUAAUUUUUUACACUAGUUCAGCAUUUACAAAUUUAUUUUUCUAAUUUCAUAUCUUUUUUUUUGGGGGGGGAAGCAUCAAACUUUGCGUGGUGUUGAAGCACGAAUAGGUGGAUGAGUUGUAGUUGCCACAGUCCUGUUCUAUUUAGAUCCCUUGGUUGAUGAUGACUUCCUAGGCUAAGCCCGGGGUGGUCCAACCCAUUAUCUGUGAAGCCACCAUUUUUAGAAGCUCCGAUAUCCCCGGAACUGUGUGGCUCAUUAAUUUAGUGCAGAUCUUUCAUACUUAAUUACUUCCACAAAUUGGAAAGACAAACAAUUUAUUUAUUUUCUCUUUACCAUGGUGGUGAAGAAAUUGGCUCCUCAUUGUGUACUGAUCUCAUUGUGGAUUUAUUUUCAAAUUUUGCUUUGUGGUCGAACGUUGUUGAAGAAAAUUUAGGUUGAUCUAAAGUGACCGGUAGACUUGUAGGAGAUGCUUCGCAAUGUAUGUUUGCUUCAUCAUCAGAACCCCUGUAGAUUACAACAGUUCAUCGUUUAUUAGAAGAGAUUAGCCAUCAAAUGCGCCGUCUAAUAUUGAUGGCAUUCAUGUAAAACGAUCGAUUUCAGAGCUCCACAUUUCAUAAAUAUCUGUUUGCCUGUGUCAACGUGUUGAAUCACACCAUGACUGACGCCACAUGUCCCUCUGUCUCCCUCCGGUGUCUGUUUUGUGUAAUGUCCCUUGAGCGCUGGUGCCACAGCAGUAGAUGGACUAGGUACAUAUGAACCCAAGAGGUUGGUUGGUGGUAUCAACCGACACAACUCCAGUCACUUAAAGGGCCCCUAUUCUACCACCGAUGGUAAUGAUGAUUAGUCAUUUAAACAACAACCCUAUACCCAACAGCCGACCCAGUGAAUAUUAUCUAACUAGCUAGGUAGAGGCCGAGCUAGCCAUCGCACAUCUGUGUGGACGCGUCCAUUUAUGAUGUCACAAAUGGGUUGAUUUUGUAACUGCUUAGUUGCUAAUCAGUAUUACAGGGGCCCUUUGAAGCUGUUGUAACACUGUGUCUAAGCAGUGUUCUAUAGAGUACUGGCUAGCAUUUUGUACGUACCUAAUCCAUUCUGUGACUUGUUGCCAAACGGAAGCCUCACACACCUUUUUUUACAGGUGUGCAAUUGGCUGACCAUUAGCCACCAUUAGCCCAACAAUAUUAUCAAGUGUUCUUUUACACUCUUUUAACUUGUGUCACACCGGUCCAAAUGAUUCUGUUUCUCUAUUAAUAUGCACUGGUAAUAAAAGCACAUGGUUUACGGAGAUGUGGAGUGAUGUUUAUUACGAAACGUUAAACUGUUAUCUAAUAAUAUUAAAGUUAGUUACUGAUAUUGAUAGGCAAAGAUGUUGUAGAAAGGUGCCCUCAAAUUGCUUGUUUUAUUGCUUUUAUAGUCCUAUUUGCUAUGAGCAGGGCCAGUACAUGGCAAUAGGCAUUCAAUAAUGUUGGUUAAAUUAUUACAGAAUAUUAAAAAGAAACUGAGCAAUGGACUGAAAUUAUAUACCGAGGGUAAUUGGAACAAACACGCACACGCAAACAACCACAGAGGGAGAGAGAGAGAGAAAAUCCAAUAAUCCAGUUCUUGGCGUUGAGGCGCUUCUGAGUUGAUGUGAAGUCCUGCCUCCCCUUAAAUGACAUUAAUUCAUCUCCCAGUAUCUUUAAUAAGAUUCCCCCUUAGGCUGAGUGAGAUUGUUCACUAUCACACUUCAUUGAUUCUUAACUGGUUUGGGGCAGUUUAACCAACAAAACUUCUAAUGACACAGAAGAAAAGAUAUUGUGAUGUAGUUCAGAGUGCUCUCACGGAAAACGUUGAUUUAAACGGAGCUGCUUCUCUCAGCUGUGCUAACGGGUUAUUAGACAGUCAAAUGGAUAUUUAAUUGGGUAACGAAUAUAUUCGAUCUAGUUGCCAGACGGUGUCACACAUUAAAGGAGGAUAUGAUGAAUGUUUGUUAAUUGAGAAAGUUAAUGUAAUUCAUUCGGUUUUUAUUCAUUUAUUUAGACCACCUUGUGCUUGUGGUCCAACUUAGAAAUACUUAGAGCACAUAGUCUUUAUUGAAACAGAACCAUUCCCAAAACAUCCAAACGGUGUAUAUUCAUAAGUCUUACAUGGCUGUGUAUAUAUACAGUACAAACAUUCAUGAGCGUAAAGGCAGAAGGUAUUCUACCAUCUUCGCUGCGGUGAACAUGAUAGAACAACCGGACAGGAGAUCCUUACAGCGUCAUCGCGUGGAUGCAGUAGAUUGUGGACAGACGAAUCACGCACAACGAUGGAAGGGAACAACAUGAUUUCAUAGGUUGCAUAGAAAGGUUUGUUCGCUCUGGAAAACAAAAUCAAAAUCAAGGUGACCUUUUUCAGGAAGCGGCGGAGUCAGAGUUUAUCGGACGGCACGGUAUGAGGUAAUCAAUGGGAACUCACUGUUUCCCUUUUUUUAUGAAUAAUGAAAGUAUUCCAAACCACAACACAAAGCCUGGCAUUCCCUCUUA